AGACAAAAUCGAUAUUUGUAAUUGAGAACAAAGUGACAGACAUUUGUUUCGUGCUGUAAUCCGCAACAUUUUUUGGAAAUUAACGUAAAUAAAAUGGCCGGAGAGAAAGCAGUGUCGACCGUCACCAAGCCCGCGAUGAGGGGCCUCCUCAACGCCGCCAUUAAGCGCAACUUGUACAUUUCCAUCACCGUCGGUUUAUUAUCUGGAUUCGCUUACAAGGAGCUCGUCGGAACUGAACGCAAGAGGCGUUACGCUGAGUUCUACAGGACGUACGAUGCUGAGAAGGAGUUCGAAGAAAUGAAGAGCAAGGGCCUCUUCCAAUCCUGCUAGGCAUAUACGAUCAUAGUGUAGUAUUAUUAUGUUGCUGUGAAUAAUAUUUAAAAAAUACAAAAAAAUUCAAAAACUA